UCCGGGAAUCACUCGAAAGCAGCCUUAGUGUCUGAUUGACGUGUGUGUCCUGGGACAAACGUCACAAGCCUGAAAUCGGUCAUGGAGUACUUCGGACAAGAAGAGUGGGAGUGACUUUUUAUUUGUAUUGCAUUAGGUAGCAUUCAUGUAACUUAGCUACGGGUCAGUCGGAUGUACUUCGAGGAGAGAGGGAGCAGCAUCAGGUGCAUGUGGAUGGCGAUAAAACUCAACGCAUACUCCACUCUCUGCGCACGGCUUGAACGUCGGCAGAUUGAUAAAAUAAUUCAAGAAUCGAACUAAAACGACUUCUUGGUUGGGGGGAACCGUACGAAUGCUUUUCACGGCUUUCCCCUUCCGAUAAUAGCAUGUUAAUCCCAGGAAAAAGCAGCGUCUUGUCCCGUCUUUCCGCCCGAGAACAUGGAGAAAGUUAAAAGGAUAUCAGAAGAAGCGAUGGAAAAGAAGAACAAGGCGAUCAAUCGGACCCGCUAUUCCACCGACGGCAGAGCCAAAGACAGAGUGGACAGUGUGGAUCCAUAUGGCUUUGAGCGCUCAGAGGACUUUGAUUAUGAGUCAUAUGAGGAGCUCAUGUCUGAGUAUCUAGUUGUUCUCACCCGACGAUCCAUCAAGUGGUCCAAACUUCUGAAGGGCAAAAGCAAGGUGCAGAAAAAUGUAAAACUAAAGCGUUAUGUACGUAAGGGGAUUCCCAAUGAGCACCGGGCUCUGAUCUGGAUGGCAGCCAGUGGGGCUCAAGACCAGCUGGAGAAGAACCCAGGAUACUACCAGUCGCUUCUCGGAGCCCAGCACGACCCCAAACUGGUAGAGACCAUCUGCACAGACUUGAACAGAACAUUUCCAGACAACAUCCAGUUCCGCAAGACAUCCAACCCGUGUCUGCAAAAACCUCUGUACAGUGUGCUGUUGGCUUAUGGUCACCACAAUCCAACUGUGGGCUACUGUCAGGGGAUGAACUUCAUAGCUGGGUAUCUACUUAUCAUCACGAAAGAUGAAGAGAAAUCUUUCUGGCUGAUGGAUGCACUACUUGGUAGAAUUCUACCAGACUACUACAGCCCAGCCAUGCUGGGGCUGAAGACGGACCAGGAGGUGUUAGGGGAGCUGGUGAAAGUUAAAUUCCCCGGAGUCUGGCAGACAAUGGUGGAUCAUAAUGUUAUGUGGACCCUGGUGGUCUCCCGGUGGUUCAUCUGUCUCUACAUAGAUGUCUUGCCGGUGGAGACAGUUCUGCGGAUUUGGGAUUGCCUGUUCUACGAGGGCUCUAAAAUCCUGUUCCGUGUAGCGCUGACACUGAUCCACCACAACCAGGCUCUGAUUCAACAGGCCCAGUCACUGCCAGACGUCUGCCAAAACUUCAAGCAGAUCACCCACGGACCAUUUGUUGAUGAAUGCCACACUUUCAUGCAGAAAAUCUUUGCUGAACCAGGAAGUCUCUCCAGGGCAACCUUGACUAAGCUGCGGGCGGCAUGUCGAUCACGCAUCAUUGCAGAAGAAUCCUGAACCAAGAGUAUCUGUUCAAACUCAUUACACAUUCCACUGGGAUGAGCGCUCACACAGCUCGUUAGCAUCCGUAUUUUUUAUUUCUUUUUUUUUUUUUUUAAACAGACUUGUCACAGUGACUACUACAUUCUGUGUAGGUUUUGUCUUAUACAUAAUUUGUGACGAUCAUAUAGCCUAAGUGAAAUAUAUAUGGUUUAAUGAGAAAAUUUAAUUUUGCUAAAAUGUAGAAUUAUGCACUUUACUCAAAGUCAGAGACACUGUAGAGGGGGAAAUGAAGCUUGGCAAUAAAUGGCCAGGUCAGAGAAAUGACGUGUAAGCACAGCCAAGAGGAACGUGUCUAAUGUAAUUCACAUUGAAUGGUAAAUGAUGACAAAAUCCAUGCUGGCACUACCUGCUGUGGUAAUCGAAUGUGAAUCAUACUGAUUUCGUGACAUAUUUCAAACACCAAUUCAUGUACUUUUUGGUUGAUUUCAUCAAAUGUCAUAGUUCUUGACCUCAACCAUUAAUUCAAGUGCACUAUGAUGAAAUGUUGGUACAAUUGAAAGGGCUGCUUUCUUUUUCAAACAAAGGUCUGUCCAGUUUGUUCUGUGUUUGGGUUUUGUGGACCUUUUCAUACUCUCAUAGUAGUGAUAUCAGAUUUUGUUGCACUGUACAAAAAUAGCCUUGGCAUUGAUCCCAGCUCUGAGUAUUCUGUGUAAUGUACACCUGGGUGAGCAGCUCAGAGUAAACAGCCAUGUUUAUUUCACACAAAACAAGGUAAAACAAAUCAUAAAGCUACUGUUGCAAGGAUUUUAUAUAUACAUAUAUAUAUUAAAAAAAAAAAUCUGCACCGGAUUUAAGAUUUUUAUUAAUUUUCAUUAAGAUGCAUAAUAGAAAAUGGUUUGAUCGCAUUUUCUAUUAAAAAAAAAAAAAAAAAAAAAAAAAGAUCAAAGCACACUACAAUUCAUCUUAAAAUUUCUUUAAAGAGGGCAGGGGAAAGCAAGACCAGAAACUGAAUCCAUGCACCUGUUCGCUUGUUGUUAUACAUUUUAGUAAUGCACAGUUGCACGAUGUAUAGCCGGACCACUUCACACUUUUUACAUAAAGCAACAAUCUGCCUUUUUAUCAUCACAAGACUGUGACAAUCACUGAACUUUAAUUAGUUGAAUUAAACGUUGCCUCAGUGCACCAUUGGGACAAUUCAGGCUUUUAGCUGUGGAGGAAUAUGAUUGGAAGAGAGACACACUCAGAGCUUUCCCUUUUCUCAGCAUCGCUGAGAUUAUCUUGUGCUCAGGAAAUUAAACAAAAUGUGAAUAAUAAUAAAACUCCUCCUACUUCAAAUGUU